AUGGAUCUUUCGCUGGGGGAGACAAGUGAUGCGAUUGCUUCGCUUGCAGAAGGCUGCAGCUUGGAACACAUUGCGGAACUUGCGACGCAGUGCGAGUCUCACUUGGCGAGCGUCGAGGCAAUUAUGGAUGCCACGGAAAAUGCCCUACGCACUUCCCAAGGGCCCCGGCGCCUUGUUCUUUGGUUUUUCAUCGAUCGUCUGGCCAAGCAGCAUGCCAAUUUUUUGGACGCGCUUCGGCCGCGUCUGCGGGGUCUUGCAGCGACGGCAGCUCCGGCGGUAGGAACUGCGGAGUGGGAUGACUUCAAGACGCUUUUAAAGUCGUCGAUUGCUGUGGUGUUUGGUGCCCCGCUGGUUUCUCUUAUUUUGUUGGAGAUUGACCCCGAUACGCAGAAGGAAACUGCCAGCACCACUAGCACUACAGAGCGGAGUCAGGGUAUUCUUGCAAUGCACAGCAACGCCAUGCGUACUAGCGGCGCGUUUUUGACGAAAACCAUUGGAACGCAGAGACCGGCUGCGGCGAAACACACGCUGCAAGUGAAAACUAUUGACAGUCAGAUGGCGAUGAACAUGGCGAGUAGCUAUGCCCCUGCGCGGCCGCAGGAGAUUGCCGUCCCUGAGAUUCAUCCCGAUGCUGACGCGCCGCAUGGGCAUGUGAAGGCACUACCUUCCGAUUACCUGAAGAAUUAUGAGAACACUAGAAGAAAGCGUCUUCGUGAAGUGAUGGAGCGAAAUAGAAAGGAAAUGGAUCGCCGCCAGGAGGAAGAACUUCUUCACCGUGUUCGGGGUACAGCUAUUCAAAAUGGAAAGAUGCCCGAUUAUUCUGAUGUGGUUAUGCCGUUGGAGUUUCCACGUGAUGAGCAUGGCGUGAAGCGGGGAUUUUUUCCGCUCGGUGUACGCUUUAUCCGAGAGGCAAUUAGAAGUUGUGGUGGAGCAGUGGAGUUGGAUGUGCUGGUCAAUCGGCUAUCUACACUAGCGAGCAAGGAAACUGUGGCGGAGUUUGGUGAUGUGCGUGAAUUUAUUCUUAUUCAUCGGCCUACUUUUCGUAUAACGAAUGAAAGGAAUCGUUGGAUUGUUCGUCUCGCGGGGGACGAAAGUUCUGAUCCGACUUGGGAAUCUUUGCAGUGCCCGCUGUGUUCCAAGGUGAUGCGUGGGCGCAACCUCGCGCGUCACAUGGGCUGCAGACAAUGUGUCACAACCCAAAUUGCCCUUGGACUUCAUGGCGAGGUGCACGGCCCUAUUUCUGAACUUUCCUUUGUCGCAAAGUCCAUCAUUGACCGAGGAAACGAGUAUGAUGAUUGGGAUUUGGAGUGGUUCGCCGACUGCUUAGAGAGGUCCGCAAACUGCCGACGUUUCAAGCUUUCCUCACAGUCGAAAUUUGCUCCCAUAUUAAAGGCAAUGCGUGUUGUUCGAAACCGCUGGUUGGCGCGGAAAGGGGUGGCGAAUGUUUCGGAAGCCGCCGUAGAUCCCAGCGAUGCGGCUGUUGCGAAUCUCUUUCGAACAAUUGGGCGAAAUGUGAACCGCCUUCCAAUUCCUUGGCUGGAAAUGGGCGAUAUGGUCGACAUUUGUUGUCGUUUUUCAGAUUUGGUGUUGCCUCCCUUUAAUCCCCCGCCGCGACCUGCCGACCCCCGCAUUAGUCUGCAUAAUGAAUAUCCGGGCUUUCUUCUUUGUGAGAGUGAAGUUGACGACGAGGACGAUCCGAGUGAUGAUGAAGACGCAUUCUCUGAUGAUGAGGCGCCCACAUUUGUCUUUGCGCCUCCGGUCGAGUUGGCCGAAACGAUUUUCACGGCAGGCUUCGAAAGAGAUACCAAACGGCUUCAACAUCGCAUGCGAACUGCUCCGCCGUUGGUACUUCAACGAGUGCUGAAGGGCGAUCGAUCUCAAACACAGCGAGAGAUGUAUGCCGUUGCAAAGGAUGCGAGCGGCCUUACUACACCAUCCUAA